UCCUUUUACGUCUUGAUCAGUAUAGUCCAUUCCCUGGAUAAAUCAGCGUAGUGUCACCAAGGCUGAGGCGCACUGUGCAUACGAAUCCAAAUCAAGGCGCUCGCCCUCACUGCAGGACGACGACGCGAGUUCUGAACGCGCUGCUAUACCCUCACAAUGUCCUCCCGCGCGUUGCGAAAAGCGCAGCGGGAGAAGGAAGAGCAAGAAAGACUGAAACAGCUUGAGCAAAAAGCACACGCGCUCGAGGAGGAGGAAGAUGAAGAAGAUGAGCGGGAGGCCGUAAAGUCCAAGAAGAGCGCAUUUGCUAUGCUGCGAGAAGAGGAGGACGAGGCUGAAGAGGAUGAAGAGGAUGAUGAGGCUGGAGCACCGAUACCUGAGGAGCCUGUUGCUACAACAGCGCACAAGUCACCUGCCAAAAAGAAGAAGAAAAAGAAGAAGAAAGCCAAAGCAGGUACGGACAGGCGUGGGCAGGAUACAGAUGACGUGGAUGAGAUUGAUGCCGCUCUCAAGUCAUUGUCGACGAAUGGCAAAGCUGCAGAUUCCGGCAAGACUGCAGCAGGAGUGAAUCCUGCCGUUGAAGAGGCGAACAGGCUUCUAUCCAUAGACACGAACAACUUACAUGCCGCGAAUGAGAUGAAACGACUUUUCGGUCGAGCAGCUCUAGAGCAGGAUCAUGAUGAUCAGCAAGUGCCGGCAGGUGCAGUCGGUGGGAACAGGAGACAGCAACGGCGGGUGCAGCACGUUGGCUUAGCCCAAGCAUUGCGAGGACAACGUGUAGAUGGCCGAUCGGGAGGUCUUGCUGCCAUGGCACUGCGAAGAAACAUUUUCAUUCAAGGCAAAGAAGAGUGGCCCGUAGCGACGGGUGGUGGCCUAGGUAUGGAGGUCGAGGAGAAGCGAGCUGAUGGCACAGUGCUGUACAAAUUCGUGCAUAACAGCGCGUACCAAGAUGUACAGUCUCAAUUUGAGAGCUGCGUGGCUUCAAUGGACCCAAACCGCCUCAUUGUGCUUCUACAACACAACCCAUACCACAUUUCAACAUUGCUUCAGGUCUCCGAGAUCGCCAAGCAGGAACGAGAUCACUCGACAUCUGGCGAUCUGCUUGAGCGCGCUCUCUUCUCGCUGGGACGAGCCGUACACAGCACGUUUGCCAAGAAUCUUGCAGAAGGUAAAGCAAGACUCGAUUUCCGACGAGCAGAAAACCGCGAGUUCUGGUUGGCAAGUUGGCGCUACAUUCAGAAUCUGACCAUGCGAGCGACAUGGCGGACAGUGUACGAGUGGGCGAAAAUGCUCCUCUCGCUAUCGCCGGAGAAUGAUCCAUACGCUCUUUGGCUGGUGCUAGAUCAGUAUGCGAUCCGGUCGAAGCAGGAAUUGGACUACCUCAACCUGAGCAGGAACGGAUCACUCAAAGCUGGCCAUGUAAAUAUGCCAAAUGUGAUACUCAGUCAAGGCCUUGCUGAAUGCCAAGCUGGCAACAAGAGCAAGGGUCAACAAUUGCUGUUCUCGGCGAUAGGCAAGUAUCCCUACAUCAUCGCGAGACUCAUGCAAGAGCUCAACGUGGAUGCACCUCCUGCAGUCUGGGGUAAGGAGCCUGGUUCGAUGAAGGAAGAGCUCUUUACUGAGCUCUACGCCACGCGAGCAAAGGAUCUUUGGAAUACGCCAGAGAACACAAAUCUCCUGAUUGAAACUGCCAGUGCUGUACCGCCAGAGACGGCAACGGCUUCUACAGAUUCUUCGGACAUCACGCAAAAUGUGGCAAGGCAUGUGAUACUAUCAGAUACGCCCGCACUGAUCGCUCUGAUACCACGACACUUCACCGAGCAGCUCGAAAGCGCCUCUGAUCCACUGCCACCUGACGAUGGUUUCACGUCAUACCUUUCGCGUCGCCGAGGCUCAGAGAGACCCGGAGGAGACAGCCUCAUUGGCACAGCGAGGUAUCGAGAAGAGACUCGAGAGAUUUCAACGCUCAAUCGAUUCUUUAGUCAGCUCUUCCCGUGGUAUGGUCGCGCACAACAAGCCGGUGCUGCGGCGGCCAGCGAAGAUGGCGCAGCAGACGAGCAGCCGCCUACAAGCGAAGAGGAGAUGAUGCGUCAAGUUCGUGAAGCAGGCAUAUCUGAAGAAGACUUUCGAGCUCAUGCUCAGCGUCUGAUUGAGCUACAGAAUGAUGUCGGUGGUGACACUUCGGAUUCUGACACCGACAUCUACCAGCGGCUUGCCGUGAAUCCACGAGUGCCUGGCUCAGAUCGCGACCAGAGAGUUCUGCAGCUGUUGCAAGACUUUGAGGGGAGUCUCGGGGAGGACUUCCAAAAUCUGAGCCAGACAGAGCAGGUGGUGAGAAUUGAAGAGCGCAUCGCUUCCUUCUUGAGGGAAGUACAGGGCUCGGGAUUCGAGACGGAAGGCAACAGAAACGCACGAGUUGACGAUGCCUCUGAUGACGACGCGUGAAAAACAUGCGACUAUGUGCCCGCUAUCUAGCAUGAAGCUUUUAACACGCUUUCGCUUGCACCAAUAGAUGUGUAAUUGGAGCGUCGAAGAUUUC